CCUCGUCGUUUAUGGGCCGUACAUAUUAGGCCCAUUAGUACCAAAUCCAUUUAAUUUAAACCGCUCCACUCCAGUCCUCCUAUCUCUUCGUGAGUCUGCUCUGCUCCCAAAUGUUAUCGUCCUCCGGAAGCUCCCUCUUAUGGCGGAGCCGUACACCUGCGCCGGCACCUCCGCCUCGGUCUCCACCACCGUUUAAAGCUCUUUCUUUUCCCUUCUCUUUCCCGCCGUUUGCACACAUCCUGCAAAGAACCACAAUUUCCCCUCCUUCUUGUUCAGCUGAAAUUUCCUCGGAGAUUGCCCUGGCGCAGAGCCAGCCUGCCCCUGAUUUCAAUCCCUGGUCGGAGUUCGCUCAAAAUGUGUCUGGCGAAUGGGACGGUUUCGGAGCAGAUUUUACAUGCGAAGGGCAACCGCUUGAACUACCUGAAUCAGUGGUUCCAGAAGCCUUUAGAGAAUGGGAAGUGAAGGUGUUCGAUUGGCAGACGCAGUGUCCCACUCUUGCCCAGCCCCACUCACUCUCCUUUCUUUACAAGUCCAUCAAACUCCUCCCCACCGUUGGAUGUGAAGCUGAUGCAGCCACCCGUUACAGCAUCGACCAGAGGAUCAUCGGGGGAAGCAAAUCCUUUGCAUUAGCCUUUUCGUAUUCUGUCACUGGCUCCUAUGUCGCUGUGUGGCCUUUGCGGAACAACCAGCUUGAGGUGGAGCAUUGCCUGAUCAAUCCAAAUGACAAGGAGUCUCGUGUGAGGAUUUUCCAGGUUGUCAGCUUAGCAGAGACCAACAUGUCCCUGCAGAGUGUCAAAGUUUUCUGUGAGCAGUGGUACGGUCCUUUCAGAGAUGGCGAUCAGCUCGGAGGUUGUGCCAUCCGUAGCUCCGGCUUUGCUUCUACACCUACCACAGCAGCUUCAGUGGUUACCGGUUCUUGGAGAGUUCUACUUGCUACCACUAGCUUUCACGCCUCUGAUUUCGGUUGUAUUCAACAAGUUACUGGCGAGAAGGUGAUUGAGAUUGUGAGAGAAGAAAAGGAUCUUUUAUUGCUUCCGCAAGAGAUGUGGUGCUCACUCCAAGAAGGAAAAGACCGCGAAAGAGAAUUUUCAGUAGGAUGGGUGUUUGAGCCAGGCCAGGCUAUCACAUCCAGCUGCGUCUUCUCUAGCGAUUCUAAGCUAAAGGAGGUAACAGUGGGGAGAGAGACUGCUCUAUCAGAUGUAUGAUCAAUCAUCGUUAAAAUCUCCACAGCAAUCAUUCUUAUAAUUUUCUUUAUAGAGACUGCUAUAUCAGUCAAAUUACAAUAAUCUCAUAUGACUUCCUAUACUGAUGUUUGAUUCAGUUUAUCUGUUAAUAAUACAUAUCAGUUCAUUUU